UACUAAACUAAACUAGUGGCACUUUCUUGGUGGCUUCACUCACAAUUUUUGAAAUCUCUUUCUUUUCAGAUCUCAACUCAGAUCCAUUUUACAAACUUCAGUCCUCUCCCCCAUUGUCCUACCACCUGCUCCACAUUACUGAAAUUCUUUAUUCCCAUCAAAAAAUCUUUUUUCCUGCAAUCAUUAUCCCAUGACAUAUAGCUUUUCUGCUUAAAAGUCUUUCUUUGCAAAUUAUUAGAUUCUGCUCAGCUGGAAAGUGAGAAAAAACUAAAGAAACAAAGCCAUCAAAGACCAUGGAUUGUUCUGCUUUGUGUAGCUCUACUCAUGGAAACUCAUGCCAAUACCAUCUUUUCAGCAAUUCCACUGUUGUAUGUUAAUCCAAUAUUUCAACUCUGAACUCUGCAGUUGAGUAUGCUGUGUGUGACUAACAAGACUCUAUCUUAGUACAAAUACUUUAGCCUCAUAACAUGAAGAACCUGAGGGUUUGUUUCACUUACUUUUUUCCUGCAAUCAUUCUUGUUCUGCUUACUCCUUCCUCGGUUGCACAGCUAUCAACAAGUGAGAAUAGAAUUCUAUUCCAAGUUCAGAAGCUUCUUGAAUAUCCUCAAGCUCUUCAAGGGUGGACAAGAUGGACCAACUUGUGCUUCCUCCCUCCCUCUUCUUCCCUCAAGAUAGUUUGCUCAAAUGGUCAUUUGACAGAACUAACUAUCAUUGGAAACAAGACCUCCCCAUCUUCACACAUCCCCCAGGCAGGUUCCUGGACUUCCCUUCAAACACUUUCAGGAAAAUUCUCCAUCGAUUCUUUCUUCACUGUCAUGACAAAGCUUUCAAAUUUGAAGGUGUUGUCCUUGGUGUCCUUGGGUUUGUGGGGUCCUUUACCAUCUAAAAUCAACAGGUUUUGGUCUCUGGAAGUGCUAAACAUUAGCUCAAAUUUCAUUUAUGGGGAAAUUCCAUCAUCCAUAUCCUCAAUGUUGAAUCUAAGGAGUCUCGUUUUGGUUAAUAAUCUCUUCAAUGGAAGUGUCCCUGAUCUCCAGAUAUUAACUUCUCUUGAAGAGCUCAACUUGGGAGGUAACAAACUGGGUCCUGAAUUCCCUUCAGUGGGAAAGAAUAUUGUCACUAUAAUCUUGAGAAAUAAUUCACUGAGAUCUCGUAUUCCUCCACAAAUUGAGCACUUGGACAAACUUCAGGUAUUUGAUGUAUCUUCCAAUGAUGUUUUUGGAAACAUCCCGUCCUUUUUGAUGUCUAUGCCUUCCCUUCAUUCCCUAAACUUGGCCGCAAACCAUCUAAGUGGUAACCUCUCAGUGAAUACGGCAUGUAGUUCUACACUAACAUUUGUGGAUAUCUCACACAACCUUCUGGUAGGAAAAUUGCCUGCGUGCCUUGGUUCAAUGUCUUCAAAGGCCACAGUACUAUUUUCUGGAAAUUGUUUGUCAACCAAAAGGUUAAAUAAUCAACAUCCAUCUUCUUUUUGCAAGAGAGAGGGAGCUUUAGCUGUUAAGCCUCCAGCUAAAAAACCGCAGAGUGAUUCAAAUUCGGGUGCCAAACUAGGCGUAGUGAUUGGAAUAAUUGGAGGAGCUGUAGUAAUUGCUGGACUUAUGGUUUUUCUCAUUGUGUUCAUCUUUAGAAAGACCAAUGGAGAAAGAUCACAUCAUAAAAUGGACAAAUCUGUUGCUAAUAAAUAUUUUGCCAGUGCAUCUCCUGGACCAAACGGUACAAGACAUAUUCCUCAGGCCAUGAAGCAAGCUGCACUUGGACUUCCACCAUACCGUAUUUUCACAUCAGAGGAAAUUGAAGAUGCAACAAAUAACUUUGACCCAUCAAAUUUAAUAGAAGAGGGAUCACAAGGACAGCUAUAUAAAGGUUGGCUCAGAGAUGGUUCAGUGGUCCUAGUUAAUUGUGUUAAAAUAAGGCAGAAAGGUCUCCCCCACAGCAUCAUGCAGCAAAUAGAGGUAUUACCCAAUUUGAGGCACAGGCACAUGGUGAGUGUUCUAGGACACUGUAUCAUUACUGAACAGGAACAUCCCCAAACAACAAGCACAGUCUUCAUCGUAUUUGAGCACAUCUCAAAUGUGUCAUUAAGGGAUCAACUUGCAGAUGGGAGAAAGAGGGAAAUGCUGAAAUGGCCACAAAGAAUGGCAAUGAGCAUAGGCAUUGCAAGAGGAGUCCAGUUCUUACACACAGGAGUUGCUCCUGGCAUAUAUGGCAACAAUUUAAAGAUUGAGAACAUUCUGUUGGAUGAUAGUCUCAAUGCAAAAGUCAGUAGAUACAGUAUUCCAUUGCCAUCCAAGAGUGCACAUAAUGAACACAUUGCCACCAAUCAUAUGGGCAGCACAAAUGAUGCAGAAAAGGAAGACAUCUAUCAGCUGGGAGUUAUUCUUCUUGAAGUUAUCACUGGCAAACAAAUUGCUUCCCCUAGUGAAAUAGAGGAGAUGAAGGAUGAGCUGGAGAAUGGUUCAUCUGAAGCAACAUCAGUACUUAAAAGUGUAAUUGACCCUUCACUGCGAGGAACUUAUGCAUAUGAAUCAAUGAAGACUGCAAUUCAUAUUACCAUCAACUGUCUCUCCAAGGUCUCUAGCCAGCGUCCUUCAAUAGAGGAUGUUCUUUGGAAUUUACAAUACUCAAUGCAAGUUCAAGAGUCAUGGACCAGCAGUGGAAACCUCAGCACAAAGUUGUAAACCUCUUGUUAAUAAAAAUGUUUGCUUACAUUUCAUAAGUUCAUUAUCAUAAGGAAUAAAUGGUAAUGUACAUAUGUGACUCUAAGGCCCAAAAACACAGUUUGCCUGCAUUUUUCCUUAUUUGUAUUGUUACUGAAAGUUCUUACAAAUACGAACUACGUUCAUAUCAAAAUAUCGUUUCCUUGC